AUGAGGCCCGAUGCAGGGUCCAUUGACCUGGGAUCGAUCAACGUUCGAUCCUCGAGGCCUCCAGUGAAGGAGGACGAGGUCGAUCGUAACAAGCGGCGAGAGUCAACAGAAAAGCAGAAGAACGCAUUGGACUUAAAAAAGAAAAAUGAGAAGAAGAAGAACCUCGAGCGCCAAGCGCUGGAGAUGCGCCGAGCGAAAUCCAGGCAGAGGGGGGAGCCUAAGGAAGAGUCCCCUAAUGAGGACGAUGGCGGUGUUGGUGACGACGACAGCGACGACUCCGAGGGGAUGGCGUCCCGUCUUGACAAGAUCCUCGAGGAUCCACCUCGAGCCGACGCUGACGCCCCGCGGACGGGAGCACCAAAGGAGGGGCCAAGCAGGUCUCUUGAGAGGCAACAGAGGGAGUCUUCCCCUCGCCACUCCCGUGCUGAUACCCCUCCCACGCCUGCGCAAAGUCGGUCCGUCCCGCGCCCCCAACCACCCCUGCGCUAA